UUUCUUUGCCCUGCAUAUAAAGGGGCUGGUCUUGCCCCUGUGGAAGUCAAUGGCAAACUCUUCCUGACGUCACAUUCUCAGAAUAAGGGGCUCUUGACUGGACCAAAAUGUGAAGGGGUAGGAAUUUUUUAUUGGCUCUGUUAGAUUAGCUGCAGGAUCCAGCAGUUACCUGUAUUCAGUUGAGGAAAGUUUUCCCAGGUUGCCAUGGCUCUUCAGGUUAUUGGGAUCUCACCUGAGGAGAUUCCAUCCUCCACUUCAAAAAUCUGCUAGCCUGUUAAUCUGAAAUUUGAUUUCUGGAUACACUCUUGGGUUUUGUUGGGUUUUGUCAACUGCAAUAAGAAAAUUGCUCAAGUAAACAGAAUUAGAAUUAUAUUGAGGCUGUGGCCUUGUCAUGACCCUUCCUGCGCCAGCCCAGAUAAAUGUUUGCAGGAAAAAAGUUAGAAGCUAGCUCAACCACAUGAAUACCACCUUUCAUCUUAUUUACUGAUGCCCCUCAAGGCCUUCACCUAGGGCUUGUCGGAGAAUGUGGUUAUAAUUGUGCUGCCAUAUUUUGAAAGUACCACACAUACCAACCAGAGCAAGAACUUCCUGAUGGUGCAAACUGUUCAACCGUGAAACAGACAGUCUCAGAAGAUAGUGGGCUCUCCUUUAUUAGAGGUUUGUAAGCUGAGGCCACAUACGUUGCAGGAGGGGACUUCCUACUUUGGCAGAAGGUUGAAGUAGGCAGUAGUGUCCCAUGAGCUGGGGUAAGGUGAAACCUCAGAGCUGCACUCCUGACAUCAGCAUCACUGCCACUCAGAAGCAUAGCAUGGGCGGGGCUGGGGGAGCUGCUGCCCUGGGCAUAUGACAGGCCCCCUUAUCAAGGCCAGAGCAGCAGGGAAGGAAGCCACACCUGAGCUGGGCCUUCAGGGCAGGGGUGGUGGCAGCACCUUUUGCUCAUGGCCAAUGAAGGGACACCCACUGGACCAGCCAAGAGGGGGAGGGUGUUACUGCCGCUGCCCCAUCAUGCCUCUCCUCUCCUCUGUUUGGCUCCUCAUGUGAUGUCCCAGCACUGACAUGCCAGAGCUCCACUCUCGGAUCAGGCCUGACCCAGGGCAGGAGAGGAGAGGCAGCUGCAGCAUCACUAUGUUUUUCCUCUGCUGGGCUCCAGUGUGUGAGGGAGCUGCACUGCAGUCCACCAGCAAACUAUGCUACACCACUGAGGAGCAACUGCAGUCACCUCAAUUACCUUUUAACAGGCUAGAUAAAGUCACAGUUGAUUAUUAUAGCAAUGAGCACCCCAAAGCUCCAGUAAUGGGGGAAGGAGUUAGGGGGCCCUUAACAACAUCUGCAUGCCCAACACCAUCUACCCAAAAUUCUGCCCCCUAUAGUCUUCCAAAACUGCAACUGACGGGGCUUCCCCCUCUGACCUCCUGGUAUUUAAACCACUGGAACACCCUCACCUAGUUCAUUGUGUGUCCUACUGAAUUGUGUCUCAUCCCUAUCCCAUUAUAGUCAAUGUGUUCAUUCUGUGUUCCAGUACUGCAUGUGCAGUGGUUGGUUCCCUCAAGCUACUUUGUCUCCCAUUCGAUUCUGGCAGCACAUUCUGUUCCAGUCAUUCCUAUGUCACCAAGAUUUGUUGUUCUCCACAGGGAUCAAGAACUACCAGGAAGGAAGAUGGUGGCAGUGACAUAUACUCUGAACAUCCACUGGUACUUCUUGCUGCUAAGACACAGGUCACUUUGAACUAGACCAUGGGGACAAUGGUAAACAAAACUAGGAUCAACUCUACCCAGGGUUUCGAUGCCUUCUCUUCACUUGGAGUGUCCCAGUUUCAGGAGGCCAUUGGCAUUUUCUUCAUGGUCAUGCUGAGUGUCAUUGCUUUGGUUGCCAACACAGCAGUCAUGGUAGUCAUCCUCAAGACGCCUUUGCUGAGGAAGUUCAUCUUUGUCUGCCACCUCUGCCUAGUAGAUCUGCUGUCUGCCAUUUUUGUCAUGCCGCUGGGGAUCAUAUCCAGCUCCACCUGCUUCAACAGGGUAUUGUACAGCAUCGCCGAAUGCCAGACUCUGAUCUUCCUGAAUGUUUGUUUCAUCAGUGCCUCCAUCUUCACCAUCUCAGUCAUCAGCAUCGAGCGCUACUACUACAUUGUCCACCCCAUGAGGUAUGAAGUCAAGAUGACUACCGGGCUCGCAGUUACCGUUGUGGCUUUCAUCUGGGUUAAGUCCAUCCUCGUAGCUGCUUUGGCACUCGUGGGUUGGCCCCAAGUCGACGGGGCCAGCAGUGCCAGCAAGUGUACUGUGUACUGGAGCCCAGGUGCCCACAAGAAGAUCUUUGUGAUCAUCUUCAGCACUCUCUGCUUCAUACUGCCCACCUUAAUCAUCUUUGCGGUCUAUGGCAGCAUCUACAAAGUGGCCCGGAUCGCAUCCUUGCAGCAUGCUCCUGUCCCAUCCUGGACUGCCACACCCAGACCAAGAUCAGACUCCAUUCACAGCCAAGUCACUAUAAUCACAACCAGGAAUGCACCUCCCAGGCCGUCACCAGAACGCUUGUUUGGUGGGAAUAAAGCUGCCCUCACCUUGGUCCUGAUUGUAGGUCAGUUCCUCUGCUGCUGGCUUCCAUUCUUCUCCUUCCACCUCCACUGCUCCAUCAACUCUGCCUUGACCAUCCCCAGUUAUGGUGAAAUUAUUGUGACCUGGCUUGCCUAUUCCUCCUUUGCUAUCAACCCUUUUUUCUAUGGGCUGCUGAACCGUCAAAUCAGGGAAGAGCUGUCCAAGCUGGGGCGACACUGCCUCAGCAAGCCCCUGAGCCAAGAGCUGUGCAUCUCCAGUCCAGAAGGGUCCAUCCAUGAGAAUUUCCUCCAGUUCCUGCAGAGGACCAGUUGCACAACAGAGACCCGUUCUACAUAUGUGAAUUCCAGCCCUAGGAACACUUUGGACCAGACUACAAUGGGGUUCCGGAUCCCAGGACAGAUCCCAGAAGAAACCAACUGACGAAAGACCAGUGCUUUCAAGUCACUUCAGCCAUCUCUUUCCACCUGCCUUUUAAGUUAAGAGGGGAAGAACAGAAGGUUCAGUGCGCUGAAAGACCUGACCAAGCCUCCUUUAGGGAGGAAUCUGAAAUUGAACAAUUGAUUUUCUCUCUGAGAAUAAAUGUGAUUAAACGGGUUGUUUGCUCAUGGUUGCAACUGGUGGGAUCAGAGCCAGGUGUACCAUUAGGCUACUGCUGGCAUCCACCUGGGGGAAGGGGGGGCACUGUGAAGCAGAGCACUCUCAACUAUAUUUGCAGACAGUAAGAGAUAAUAUUGGAAGUGGAGGCCUUUCCACACUACCCCUCUCCAAAAGUGCUUGUUGGUGUAAGUGUUAAAAUACUGGUUGUGGGCCAAUAGAGCUGUUUCUCCCCAACCAUUGGGAAAGGGCAG